AAAAUUAUUAAUUUUCAGCCAUCCCAUGUGGAUUGUGGAGGAGCUGGAGGAGAGAAUAAAAUAACAAUAAACUGGAUGUGUUAUAACUAGAAAUGGGCAAAGCUAAAAGAAUUAAACCAUCAAAAAUGGUAAAUAAAGUGCCACUAGAACAGGAUAUAUGUGACACUAAAUUUGCAAAAGCUAAAAGUAGGAUAAAAGUGCGGGCACGUAAGGAUGAAGAUGAAGAGUAUGUAGAUUCCAAUUUGUCAAGAAAAAUUUUAUCAGCGGCAAGAGAACAACAGCGAGACUUAGAAGAAAAUGUUACAACUCCAGCCAAUUCACAAGCAUCAACAAAACAUUUUAGAUUGGACGACGGAUCGAAAAGCGACUCUGAAAGUGACUCAGAUGGUGAAGAUAACUUAGAUUCAAACACUUUUUAUGAGGAUAUUGAAGUAAACGAAGACGAUGAAAAAGCUAUAGAAAUGUUUAUGAGUAAAAACCCUUUACCAAGACGUACUUUAGCCGAUAUUAUUAUGGAGAAAAUAACUGAAAAACAAACAGAGUUAGAUGCUCAUUUUAGUGAUGCAGGUACAUUACAAGUCCAAGAUUUAGACCCACGCGUAAAAACUAUGUAUGAAGGUGUCAGAGAUGUGUUGAGAAAAUAUAGAAGUGGAAAAAUUCCAAAAGCCUUUAAAAUUAUACCAAGUUUGAGAAACUGGGAACAGAUUUUGUAUAUUACAGAUCCUCCAAGUUGGUCAGCAGCUGCCAUGUAUCAAGGAACGAGAAUUUUUGCCUCAAAUUUGAAAGACAAAAUGGCUCAAAGGUUUUUUAACUUGGUACUCUUACCGCGUAUCCGAGAUGAUAUAUCUGAAUAUAAAAGGCUUAAUUUUCAUUUAUAUCAAGCUUUGAGAAAAGCACUUUAUAAGCCUGGUGGUUUUAUGAAAGGUAUCCUUUUGCCAUUGUUAGAGAGUGGAAACUGUACAUUAAGAGAAGCAAUCAUAGUUGGAUCUGUUAUAGCCAAAAACUCUAUUCCCAUGUUACAUUCUUCAGCUGCUCUAUUAAAAAUAGCCGAAAUGGACUACACAGGAGCUAACUCUAUAUUCUUGAGAAUAUUUUUAGAUAAAAAAUACGCUUUGCCAUAUAGGGUUGUAGAUUCCCUAGUAUUUCAUUUCUUGAGGUUUCAAAGAGAUCAAAGAGAAUUGCCUGUUCUAUGGCACCAAGCGUUCUUAACAUUUGUACAGAGGUAUAAAGCAGAUAUUUCGACUGAACAAAGAGAUGCUUUGUUAGAAUUACUGAAGAAACAAGUUCACCAGACAAUAACACCAGAAAUAAGGAGGGAGCUUCAAAAUGCUAGAUGUAGAGAUAUGGAAGAUGCAGAGCCAAAAAUGGACUUCGAUUAAAUUCACAUUUAUUUAUAAGGAAAUUAAAUGUUGUUUAUAAUAUCUCUAGACUUUUACUAAAUAACCUGAUACAUAUUAUGUCCAAAUCUAAACAAAUAAAAUAAAUGGGUACUUUUUUACUUUUA